AUGCUCUCCCUUACCCUCCCAACCCUCAUCCUCACCACCAGCAUCCCGCCCCUCCUCCAGCUCUUCCCCCGCCAAUCCGACGUCUGCAACGCCGCCUUCGGCGCCUCCGACCCCGCCCCCGUGCCUUGCGCCCAGCUCGCCCCCGGCACGGCCAGGGCUUGCUGUCCUCGCUUCACUACUUGCGCCGACGGCUAUAACGCCUCGGACCAGUGGGUCCGCUGUAACAUCCGCUCGAGGGAUCUCGUGCUUCUGGAUGCUAGUACCCGCAGCAGCGAGCUCGCGCCCAGCGCCGUCGCCGACAUAGCAAUUGGCUGCGCGGCAGCGGCCGCGGCGCUGGGCGUCUUGGCCGCAGUGACAUGCAAGCGACGGCGGCGGCGGCUUCGCGGGCGCGAAAAUGGCACUGCGCCACCACCGUCGCAGCUGUCGGGUUUGCCGGCUGAGCUUGCGGCCACGCCUAUUGGGGGCAAGGAGCGCGCGGGCGUCGGCGUCGUGGAGUUGGCUGCGGCGGCGCCUGUGAGGGAGUUGCAGGGCUGUGAGGUGCUGGUGUGA